AUGUCGAAGUUUCGUCGCAUUUUGACAUACAUUCUGGAUCUGGGAGUCAAUCCUAAGCGUCAGCCAUUGGAUGAAGAGGAUCUCAAGCUCGCGGCUUAUUUGAUUGACCUCGGUGAAUCGAUCGAUAAGGGAGACUUUGGUAUUGAAAUGGAACAGCACCUUUCAAAUUUUGAAGACGAUCUACAGGAUUUGAGUUGGACUCCAGAGGACGAUAAAUGCCACAAAAUCCAAAUGUAUCCCGAUGUUGUUCAUCUUCCUGGAAAACCAAAUGUAUGUCAAAAUGCGACGAAACUUCGACAUCAGCUAGACAAAUAA